GAUGCAGGUUAUUCAGCAUACUACAGUUCUACUGAAAGGGAAACAGGGUCAAGUGGUACAUCAUUCACUACAGAACCUGCAAUAUUCUUAGUGAAAAUCAAAUUUACCAGUUUACAAUUCACUGAAGAGAUCCGAGAUGCUGGCAAGGAUGUUGGACGACUUGCCAUUACAAAAGAGCUGGAGAGUGCUUUAGAGAAACUGUUCAGUUCAUUACGUGGUUGUAUUCAAGUACGAAUUGUAGGUUUUCAGUCAGGUUCACUGAUGGUGAACUUCUAUAUCUACACUGAUGGCAAGUCAACAGAGAGAGAGAUUGUACAAUUAUUGAACAAGACGUUAAGUAAUGGUAAUUUUAGCGGCCAUAUCGUCAGUACUGAAGGGUUCGAAUUCCGUGGAAUUAGAGAGCCUAUUGAAAUAAUUGUUCCACCACCAACACCACCCCUGGUAAAUGUGAACUUUCCAUUACCACGACAACCCCAUGAAAGUACUGUAAAUACUGGAGUUGAUGGACAUACAAACAAACAGUUAAGCACAUUGAGCGCACCUUUAUCAAAACCUGAGGCUGUUUCUACUCCGAAUUUAUCAAGUGGUGCUAUAAAAUCAUCACAGCCAAUCAUUGUCAAUAAAACAACAAAUAUUCACCAAGGCCGUGCCAUUAAAAGAAAAUGUGGAUAUAGUCUUAAAAGUAAAAACAAAAAUGUGACACUGAGGUAUAGCAGAAAAGACGUAAAAGAUGGAGAGGACAAACAUUUGCUUGAAAAUGAAGUCACAGAAAGUGAGUAUAGAGAAGAUUCAAAAUCAACAACCAGAUUUGAAGACCAGCAAACUGUUGACUUACCAAAAGCAGCUGAGUUGUUCUGCACUGAUGAUACUACCUGUACACAGCCAAUUAAAAUAAAUACUGCUGAAGAUCUUAAAGAUUGCUCAGGUGUGAGCGCUGGCACUAGUGAUGAUGGUGCUGAAAAAGCAAACACUACCAGUGAGCUUACCAAUGUUGAAGCAGACAGUGGAGGGAAACUAAGGACCAAAUCAUUAUCAGAAAAACAAAUUUCAGGACAGUCAAACUCACCAAAUUUAUGUCGAAGAACUUCGGUUUCACUGGAAAGUGUGUUUUCACCACAAUACAACAAGCCUAUUGAAAUAAUUGUUCCACAACCAACACCACCCCUGGUAAAUGUAAUCGUUCCAUCACCACGGCACCUCCAUGGAAGUACUGUAAAUACUGGAAUUGAUGGACAUACAAACAAACAGUUGAGCGCACCUUUAUCAGAACCUGAGGAUGUUUCUACUCCGAAUUUAUCAAGUGGUGCUGUAAAGUCAUCACAGCCAAUCAUUGUCAAUAAAACAACAAAUAUUCACCAAGGCCGUGCCAUUAAAAGAAAAUGUGGAAAUAGUCAGGUAGCACUUGGUGAAGAUAGCCCUAAAAGUAAAAACAAAAAUGUGAAAAUGACGUAUAACAGAAAAGACGUAAAAGAUGGAGAGGACAAACAUUUGCUUGAAAAUGAAGUCACAGAAAGUGAGUAUAGAGAAGAUUCAAAAUCAACAACCAGAUUUGAAGACCAGCAAACUGUUGACGUACCAAAAGCAGCUGAGUUGUUCUACACUGAUGAUACUACCUGUACACAGCCAAUUAAAAUAAAUACUGCUGAAGAUCUUAAAGAUUGUUCAGGUGUGAGCGCUGGCACUAGUGAUGAUGGUGCUGAAAAAGCAAACACUACCAGUGAGCUUACCAAUGUUGAAGCAGACAGUGAAGGGAAACUAAGGACCAAAUCAUUAUCAGAAAAACAAAUUUCAGGAAAGUCAAACUCACCAAAUUUAUGUCGAAGAACUUCGGUUUCACUGGAAAGUGUGUUUUCACCACCAUUUAUUCAAAAUGUUGAGAGUCUUUUCAAGGAUAGUGAUGAAUACAACGAUAGCGUAUCAAGUUCAAUAGAUACAAAAAUGGAGGGACAGGAACAGCUAGGAAACAUUCAAGGCAAGUGGAUAUUUUUUGAUAAUUUUGUUGGGUGUAUGUCAGUAGUAUAUAUUAUGGCGCUUUUGACAGAUAGACAGAUGUUUAAUUGA